CUAUGGGACGUUGCUGAAAAGUUUAAUGGCAGAUUUUUUUUACCCACUUAUUUCAUUUUUUAGAUUUUCUGACAUAAUCUUCUCUCGUUUUGCAGUGAGACCGAUUUUAUAAAUGAAGAAUUUAAUAGAUGUAUGUUUAUACUUUUUUCUUUUGUAUUUUAUUUAAUAUUUUUGUUGAAAAAUGUUGCCCAGAAGCAGUACGGAGGUAUCCAGAUAACUGUUUACAAAUGCCUCUGCUACCGGAAGGUGGGAAAUGUUCUACAGUUCAUAUGUGAAAUUCGGGGUUUUGACGUCACAGUUUGUGGAGUAAAACCUAUAUUUAUUUCACUUGGAGCUGAUGCUGCAUAUAGUGGUAUCUGCAUGCAAUAGGCAAGAGAAGAAACUGACAGAGAAAAGGAAAGGUUUUUAAGACAGACAUUGGCAGAGUUCGUAAAUACCCUUGCAGUAUCUGUAGGCGAGAAGGAUGGGUAGCUGAUUUCUGUGAGGUCAAAUCUAUGUCAAACUGCCACGAAUGUAGUACCAACAGGAACUCGGGAUAUUAUCUCAAGGAAAACAAACUGGAAAAUAUAAAUCACGCAGCACUAGCACCUUGUGUGGUCCUCUUGGAUUAGGUUUGCAUUCAACAGAACUGCCUGAAAGAAAAUUAAGAUGGACAGAUCAACAUAAUUCAAAAGGCAAACUUGUCAACAUCAGUGUGGCGUUCUCUCUUUCUCCUGGGGCAGCUCUGACGCUCUCUGGCACUGCCUCCCUCCGGACUUCCGGGUUCGCUGCUUCUCUCCUGUGUGCCACUGGCACUGGCACGCAGGUCGGGGUCUGCUGGGUUCUGUCGCCCGUGCUACAGGAUCCGAGAGCUUUUUUAGCUGAGAACGUGAGGAAGACUUGAAUAUGCUUCUAGCAAAAUUUUUGCAUGAAGAAAUAGGCAGCCAGUGUCAGUGAGCUGUGGGAAGAGGUCUUUACGCAAAAUACCUUUUCCAGUGAUCACCCAGACUUUUGUGCAAAGGAUAAAAGGGACUUGCCAUGAGGUGCUAAGCCUUUUUUCGUUGAUUUGGAGAGACUGGACCUAAAUGGCGCAGCAUGACUUUGCUCCAGCCUGGCUUAAUUUUCCUACUCCACCAUCAUCAACAAAGUCAUCACUGAAUUUUGAGAAACAUUCUGAAAAUUUUUCGUGGACAGAGAAUCGUUAUGAAGCAAAUCGCAGAAGACACAAUUCUUCGGAAGGGUUUGAUCCUAACACUGGAAGGCCAAACGGAGGGCAUUUUGGGCGAAAAGAGAAGAAUGGUUGGCGUUCACAAGGCAGAAGUGGUCCAGAAAAUAUAAACCAACGUGGAGCAUACCAUGGUGGAGGUUCCUGUACCCACAGCAGCACCUUCCAUUGUGGAAAAGGCGGGGGACUGCAUGAAAGCAGUGUACUUGAUAAUGAAACUCGAAAAAAGGAAGACAAAGAAGUACCCAACCAGUUUGAGGCUGAAGAUUUUCCAUCUUUAAACCCUGAAUAUGAGAGGGAACCAAACCAGAAUAAAUCUCUAGCUGCAGGUGUCUGGGAGUACCCUUUAAAUCCUAAAUCUAGAUCUCAGAGAAUGCUGGUCAUUAAAAAAGGCCGUACAAAAGAACUGCGGAUAUCUGGAUUCCCAGUAGUGGGAAAUCUUCGCUCACAGCCAGUAAGGAAUGGAACUGGCACAAGUGUUUAUAAAGGAUUAGUGCCCAAACCUUUCACUCCACCUGCAAAGCCCACACAGUGGAAAAGCCAAGCAAAAGAAAAUAAACUUGGGAAUGCAUUUCCUCAUGAAUCUGCGUAUGGUGUUGGCAGUUUCUGCCCUUCCAAAUCAACUGUCAAGGCAUUUUCUGUAACACAAAAUUCAGUGAAAGAGUGUAAUCGGUCAAAUUCUUCAUCCUGUGUUGAUAAAUCUGGUCAACCUCGUUUAACAAAAUUGACAAGAAUGCGGACUGAUAAGAAGAGUGAAUUUUUGAAAGCAUUGAAAAGAGAUGGAGUGAAAGAGGAACAUGAAGAUGAGAAUCAUGAUGGGCAAGAGAAGGAUGAUGAGUCCUUCAGCUUGCAUAACAGCAACAGUCAUUGUGAGAGAGAUAUAAACCGAAACUUCGAAAAUGAGAUUCCGCAGGAGAAUGGCAAUGCUUCAAUUACACCUGAGCAGAUUAUUCAGUCUUCAGCUUUCCCUCAGGCAAAUGUUCUUUCAAGCUCACUUGAGGCAGAGCAUAGGUUGUUAAAGGAGAUGGGCUGGCAGGAAGACAGUGAAAAUGAUGAGACAUGUGCUCCACUAACUGAGGAUGAGAUGAGGGAGUUCCAAGUCAUUAGUGAACAGUUACAAAAAAAUGGCCUUCGGAAAAACGGCAUUUUGAAAAAUGGCCUCAUCUGUAAUUUUAAAUUUAGCCCCUGGAAAAACAGCACUUUCAAACCAGCUCUGGAGAAUGAAGAUUCUGAGACAAGCAGCAGUGAUACAUCAGAUGAUGAUGAGGUGUGAAGACUUCUGUAACACCUAUAGAAGUCCAUUUGUUCUCAUGAAGAAAUGGGGAUGUUUUGUUCAAAAAUGAAAAUUGUAAUUCGUGUAGUAACAUGCCCACUACAGGAAGCAAGGAAUGUUUUGUUGGGUGUGUUGAAAAUCACUAUAAUUUCUCUGUAAACGAAUGUUAUAGAAUGAGGCCUUGUGUUGACCCAGCAUUCAUCACUGGGCAUCACUGAAGCAUUUCUGACUAGCAAUGUGACAAUGUUACAAAUCAGACUUUCUCACUUAAUAAUAAAAGCAAGGAAUUGUGUAAUGUCUUGCAAAGCUUCUGUCUUAAAAUGUAUAAAGAACAAAAGGGCAGCCUGACACAGUGUUUUGCUUGCCAAGUCAUUUUUUUCUUAUAGUGGAAAUCAAUGGGUCCACUUUGUAUGCAGAAAGGGCAAUGUAGCAUGUUGGCUAAAAUGAGCAAAGUGCACUAAAACUCUUUUCCUUAACUGAGGUGUUGAACUGUUCUACAAAUAACUGCUCUUUAGCCAUUUGUAGUGUUGUUGUUGUUAUUAAUGGCAAAAGACCCUGAUGUUACAGUUCCAAAUUUCUAGAAUUAACUUUAAAAUUGAAAGCUUUAAGGGAUAUAGCAAGACCCUUAUUCUCACAGUGACUUGUGGGAAAAUAAGCAGUUUGAUUUUACUAUUCAACAUGUGGAAAAAUCAUUACACUGACUGGAUAUGUCCACUACAUGGGAAAUAAACUGAUUUACAGAGUAUUGUCUAA